AAAUGUGUUAGAACACCUUCAAAUCCGAAGUUGGUGUUACUAUGACAACACAAUGCCGCUUUUUUUGUAGACAAGUCAACCCUAUUAACAAUCUCACAUCAACUUACAGGGUAUGACGGACAUUUGUUCUGGUUUGACUAUUUUGUCGUUUGAGGCAGAACUGACUGUUGAUGAGAAGAAGCUAAUUUACCUUCGUGCGCGCUACGCCGGACUGACGUUUUGCGGGUGCGCGCACGCAGUUUUUGUUUGCGAGUUGGUGCACUCGUUAAAAUGCAUCAUAAAAAGGAGGACUGCUGCCAAGGAGUUAUAUGCACCCAAAAGGCAUGGUGAACUCUCUGUGGGGAUACUUGGUCUGGGUAACCUGGGGAAACAGCUGCUACUCUGCCUCCUUAAAAAGACCACCAUCAAACCCACACAGAUUAAGAUCUCCACCAGAAACCCAGCAGAGGAGUGUGUCCCGCCAGGAGUCGAGUGCUUCUUUGACAAUCGUUGUCUGGCAGCCUGGGCGGAUGUUUUGUUCCUCUGCUGUUUGCCUUCUCACCUUGACAGAAUCUGUGCUGAUCUCCAUUCUCAUCUGCAAAAGCACUGCCUUGUCUACAGUUUCAUCACAGCUGUGCCUGUCAACCGGUACACCCGCACCUAUGCAGGCUGGCAACGUGCUGUUUUGAUGCAGACGUGAUUAAUCUCUCACUCUGAAUUUUUUAUCUCAGUCUAGCUGAAUGUCUUGGCCACAGCUUUGUUCUGAAACCACAGUAUCAGGUGGAAGCAUGCGACACCUCAGACCUGUGGCUGUCCUGCUCCCGUGUGUCCGAAGCUUUGUCAGA